AAAUAUGUUUGGCUUUGACGGUGAAUACCGUCGUAAACCCCAACAGAGCCUUGGUGGUGUGUCCACCAGCUCUGAUCGGGAAACCAUUAUUCGCAAAGCAGCCGAGGAGCGGCUGAAGCGUAAUCAAUUGCGACGUGAGACAAAUGGUGCUAUUGUACUGCAGUCGUAUACACGUUCUUUUAUUCAUCGCCAAAGACGAAAACGAUACGAACGCGAGGAGUUCGAUGGAUUUCUUAAGGCCCAUCGUACCCAACUUCAACAGGAUGAGAAGCUUGAGUUCUUAUUGCGACGCUUGAUAUUUUUUUACAAUACCAAGGAAGCCAAAGACUGUGAACGAUUGAUAGAUGUAUGUCAACAUAUACUGAAAAGUCCCGCCCGAAUACUGCAAAACUCAACAACAGACAAAAUGUGGCUACAUCGCCUCAAAAAGCUAUUAGAUUUGUGCAUUGUGCAGCUGACGACCGAUUCACAGUCUUCCCAGGCCAUACCUUUACGGAUGUUAGAAACAUUCACCUCCGAAGCGUCAAUAGAACGCUACGUCGAGAAUGAAGAGUUAAUUAGACACUAUUUGCAAUUUAUUUUCAAUUAUCUGAUUGGAAGGGAUUAUUACAAACGGCUACGUUCGAUUUUGGAACUAAAAUGCCCGCCACUGGAUGGAGAGGUUCUUCAACCGCCCAAUCAGUUUUCGGAAGCGAUAUUUCAACUAAUGCUACGGCCUUUGCUUUUGGCCAAGAAUUCGGAAUUGCGAUUUUCCUACAAUGUGUGCUUGUCAUUUAGCAGACACAUACUGUCACUGCCAUUUACGGAUUGUAUACGAAAUUUCCUCAUACCAUGCUUCGCUGACUGUGCGGAAUUUCCAUUUGAGUUUGUUGUGAGAACAUUGCAGAGGUAUACCAAAUCGGAAAUGCCUGAGAAAAUGGAGGUUGAUGAAAAAAGCGUGCCAAUAUUCACCGGAGCCUCAAGUGCAGCGACAAACACCACCAGCGUCAAGUCUAAAAGUGCCGUAGAGGAGAUGGACCCGAAAACCAUUUUCAGCACAUUUUUGCUGCACUCUCUACUUAUGCUAGACCGCAAGCAAUUAGAUUCCCUGCACUCCAAAAAAUUGCUAAGCAGUUACAUAAAAAUUAUAUCCGAAGUGUCUUCGAAAAUACUGCAUUUGCCCAAGUCCUCGUUGAAACAUUCGGUCCAUCAUCAUAGUCAUCACGGCAACGAGAGUGAAGACAGCUCGUCCGAUGACGAAAGCGAUGCUGAGGAUAAUUAUCAAAGCAAAGGAUCAACCGAUGGAGAAUCUGCACCGCAAGUAGUUGCUAUAACGGAACAGGAAAAAGAAAGCCUCAUGGAAUGCAUUGUCAUGCUAAAUGAGGGACGGCGUGUUCAGGUUAUUGUUGAAAACAUAGAGGAGUACUUGAACGACAACGAUGUACUGUAUGGACUGUGUGAAAUUUGUCACAACUUGAUGAUCUACAAUAAAAUGGCUAUGUUCGAUUACAAAUUAUUAUACACUUUAUCGUUUACGCCGAAUUUCAUAAGAGCAGUCUGGUUUACAUUGGUGUCGCAAUCCAAACAACAGGGAUUUAAUGCUCCCUUAACCCUGAUAUCCAAGGGAGUUGUGCCAAAACAUUCGGGCAGUGAAACAUUUGUCCCUCUACUGGCCACAUUCUGUACAUUGUUUGGACGAUUGCUGCCCACGUUACAUGAUAAUGAAUUCUGUGAUGAAAAGCUACUGAUAGAGAAAAGCCCACAGGCAACGUCUCACGUUCGCCUCAUGCCUUUUUCACUGUCCGAGAUUGUACAACUUUCAAAGACACUAAAAGAAAUUUCUUUGGGCUUAGUGGAAUUGGCAUUUCCCGAAACUCGGUCCAAUUUAAAUCAGCACUAUCGUUUUGUCUUGGGUCGUUCGGAUUCGGACGACACUAAAAUGAGGCAAAAGCAAAUCUGGGCAAAUCUGUUGAAAGUAGUUGUGUUUGUUUUGAACCAAAUUCACACUAGAGAUCUUCGGUUGGGCUUCUGUCCCGAAUCGCAUUGGACGGUGACGCGCUUGGACUUGCCCCUAGAUAGACCCACCGAUUUGCCAUUAACGAGAGGCAGUCGGACGCGGGGCAUACGUCCUUUUCAGCCGAUUCGAGAUUUUACCAGAGAGGAUUUCGAAAACGGUCCACCUAUGUCAACAAAGCAAAUCCGGUCAAUAACCAUUUUGAGAGAAAUACCUUUUGUAGUGGCGUUCAGCAAACGGGUGGGCAUUCUACAGGGGUUGGUAGCAGCCGAUAAAAUGAGAGUGCAGGGAAACCUACAGGCCUUUUUGCAGGGACCGUCGAUAAUGCUGACAGUAAGGAGAAGCCAUUUAUAUGAAGACGCCUAUGACAAGCUGCGACCAGAAAAUGAACCCGAUCUGCGGUUAAAGUUCAGAGUGCAGUUUGUUUCGUCAUUGGGCUUAGAUGAGGCUGGUAUAGAUGGCGGUGGUGUUUUCCGAGAAUUUCUCUCGGAACUAAUUAAAACUGCCUUCGAUCCCAAUAGAGGCUUUUUCAUGGUAACAACGGACAAUAAACUUUAUCCAAAUCCCACAGUGAGCGACUUAGUGCCAGAUUUUGAGAAACAUUAUUACUUCAUCGGACGUAUAUUAGGUAAAGCAAUAUACGAAAAUCUUCUUGUCGAACUUCCCCUGGCGGAGUUUUUCCUUACCAAACUGGCUGGCAAAUAUGCUGACGUCGACAUACACCAGUUGGCUUCCUUGGAUCCGGAACUCUAUAAGAAUCUGUUAUAUUUAAAAGAUUACGAAGGUGAUGUUAGCGAAUUAAAUCUAGACUUUACUGUAGCAAGUAGUUCGUUCGGCCAGACCCAAGUUAUAGAGCUGAAACCUCAGGGCCAAAGUAUACCUGUAACUAACUCAAAUCGUUUGGAAUAUCUGCAUCUCAUGGCGGACUACAAGCUGAAUAAACAAAUACGCCAACACUGCAUUGCAUUCCGUAAAGGCCUAUCAAACGUUGUGUGCGUCGAAUGGCUGUAUAUGUUCAGUAACAAGGAACUGCAGAUAUUAAUAUCAGGCGCCGAGAUACCCAUCGACCUGGAAGAUCUCAAGAGACAUUGUAAAUACGGUGGCGAAUAUAGUCCCGAGCAUCCAUCAAUAAUUGCGUUUUGGGCGGCUUUGGAAAGUUUCGAUGAUUUGCAGAGGAGACAGCUGUUGAAAUUUGUAACAAGCUGCUCACGACCGCCGUUACUCGGAUUUAAGGAUUUGGAUCCACCUUUCUUUAUACAAAAUGCCGGUGACAUGGAGCGUCUACCGACGGCAAGCACCUGUACUAAUCUUUUGAAAUUACCUCCCUUUAAAACUGUCGAACAAAUGCGCGAGAAAUUGUUGUAUGCCAUACAAUCUGGCGUUGGAUUUGAACUCAGUUAAAUAAUAAUAACAAUU